AAAAGCAUCCACAGUCAAACGUUCAGCCCAGGUGCUCGUCAUUUACAUCUCUUAUCACUGCCAAAGUCGUGCAUCGACAACCAUGUCUCUGGCUCGACGAUCCAUAGCUGUCUACGAGAACACUCCAGAGGAGGGAUUUUUCGAGAGGGAAAAGGCGAAAUUGAUAGAUGAGAUUUCAUCGAGCUUUGAAGAGCUUAUGACUCAUACUAACGUGCUCAAUCGGAAGCAUGAGGAAGUCUAUGGUGUCGGAAAGGAGUUCAAGACGGUCGCAGAGCUUUGGGGAACGUUCAACGCCUUGAUAAGGAAACAGCAGGUGAGCUGGUCCGGGAUUCCAACAGCGCUCGACAAGUCACUGAUACGUCGUCAGAGCGAUCUUGCAGCGACUGCUGAUGUUGGUGUCCCGGGAACGGGAAGCGCAAACUUUGGGGCUAGUGUCAACCAACCCAUGAGAUGAAAUGGGCGACCAAUAGCGGUGGAGAAAGGGAGGAGCUCAAGUGUGGUCGUGCAUGGGAUAGAGGGACAGAUGCUC